AUGCAGGCGUUGGUGGGCGCCAUCGUGGCCAAGGAGCACGCCAAGGACCCCCGCAUGGCGGCGUCCCUGCUCCGGCUGCACUUCCACGACUGCUUCGUGCAGGGCUGCGACGCGUCGGUGCUGCUCGACGCCGACGGCAGCGGCAGGUUCACCACCGAGAAGCGGUCCAACCCGAACCGCGACUCGCUGAGGGGCUACGAGGUCAUCGAUGAGAUCAAGGCCGCCCUCGAGCACGCCUGCCCCCACACCGUGCAGACGGGCGGGCCGGGCUGGGAGGUGCCACUGGGGAGGAGGGACUCGCUGACCGCCAGCGUGAGCGGCUCCAACAACCUCAUCCCUGCUCCCAACGACACCCUCCCCACCAUCACCGCCAAGUUCCGCAACCAGGGUCUCGACGUCGUCGACCUCGUCGCGCUCUCAGGAGCACACACCAUUGGCGACUCGCGCUGCGUGAGCUUCCGGCAGCGGCUCUACAGCCAGAACAACGACGGGCGCCCGGACCCGACGCUGAACCCGGCCUACGCCGCCAAGCUCCGCGGGCGGUGCCCCCGGUCCGGCGGCGACCAGAUCCUGUUCGCCCUGGACCCCGCCACCCAGUUCCGGUUCGACAACCAGUACUACAAGAACAUCCUCGCCAUGAACGGCCUGCUCAACUCCGACGAGGUCCUGCUCACGCAGAGCCACGAGACCAUGGAGCUCGUCAAGAGCUACGCCGCCAGCAACGAGCUCUUCUUCGACCACUUCGCCAAGUCCAUGGUCAAGAUGGGCAACAUCUCGCCGCUCACCGGGCACAACGGCGAGAUCAGGAAGAACUGCAGGAGGGUCAACCACUUCUAA